GUUCGGAUCAUCUGUCAAACAGGCUGCAAAACAAAACAAACUCCAAACAUCCGCGAUCCGUGCGGAUACGCUUGUAUUGAUUGAAUAUUCCCCGAAAAAAGUGACCAAAAAUGGGUGGCGGUGAUCUGAACACGAAAAAGUCAUGGCAUCCGAACACGAUGAAAAACCAGGAGCGCGUCUGGAAGGCGGAACAGCAGGAGGCGGCGGAAAAGAAGCGCCUGACCGAGCUGCGCCGCGAAAUAGACGAGGAGCGCAACCGGGAGGAGCUGAAAAGCAUCGGCCAAAAGUCGGGCAUCCUGCCGGGCGACGAGGGCGACAAGAAGCUAGAAUGGAUGUACCGCGGCCCGGCGCAGCUGGUCAACCGGGAGGAGUACCUGCUCGGGCGCACCAUCGACAAAACGUUCGAAGAGCUGGACGCGCAGGAAAAGACGGCCAACUCGACGUUCGGGGUGGCGCAGCCGAAAAAUCACGUCGAACAUGAGUGCAUUCCAUUUUCGAUCCGUCAGCACAAGGAUGUGCUCAGCAGCGAUCAGGUCGAUCUCGCCCGGAAGAUGAUGGAGGACCCGCUGAUGCUGAUCAAGCAGCGGGAGAUGGAAUCGCGCCAAAAGAUACUGCAAAAUCCGGUCAAGCUGAAGGAGCUGCACCGGCUGCUAAAGGGCGACCGGAGCCUGAAAGCAUCCGAUGGGAAGAAAAGCAAAAAGAAGGACAAAAAGAAAGAUGGGAAGAAAAGCAAAAAGAGCCACAAGAAGAAGAGCAAGAAAAGCAAACGCCGGAGCGAUAGCAGCGCGUCCGGGAGCGACAGUGAGGGAAGCGCGGAUUUGGACAAGCUGCUGGCGGAGAAGUACAAAAAGGUAGCCGGAGAAGGGCAGGAAGGCGUGAGCAUUGACAAGCUGCUAACCAUGAAGUAUGACAAGCUGACCAAAGAGCUGGACAUGAUGGGUAGCGGUGGAUCGAAAGGGAAAAGGCAACGGGCGCGCGAGCAAAGUGUCGACUCGUCCGGAUCAGACAGAAGAGGCACGCGCCGACGGCAGGAUGAUCGGUACGGCAGGCGGGAGGAACAUGGUAGGCGUGAUGAUCGAGAUAGAGGGAGAACAAAUGCUAGCAAAGAGCGUUCACGGGAUGUGAGGAACAGCCGAAGAGAUUCUUCAGAGGAAAGUGUAAAAGAUCGAAAGCGAGAUAGAAAACAGACUCAUUCAGAGAGAGAUAGAAGUAGGGAUAGGCAAAGAAACAGAUCACCUGUUCGUUCGAGCCACCGGUCUCCAGUGCGUAAAGCGGCCCCAUCGAAAGACAAACACAGUCGCGGUCGUUCCCGGUCAAGAUCUCCCGAAAGGAAGCAGUCGCACAAGGAGACGAAACGUCGCUCACGAUCGCGCAGCCACCGGCGACGUAGCCGAAGCCCCGCACCAGAACACAGCAAACCGAAAGCGAAACCCCGCAGAACGCCAUCCAGCUCGUCAUCCUCAUCGUCCGGAUCGGAUUCGGACACUUCGAACCAACCAGCCCAAACACGCCCGGCUCCCGACGACUCGGACGAUGAACGGCGCGUCCGGAAGGUGCGAAACUUUGGACUCGUCACAGCGUCCGGUGAAAAGUUGGACACCUCCACCCGGUCCGAGAUACGGCUGUACAAGCGCGAAGAGAUCAAAGCCGAACAGUCAAAGCAACGGCCAACGUGGAGCAAACCGCAGGAAAAGAAGCGACCGCUGUCCGAGAAGGAGCUGGAAGAGAAGCGGCUGGCCAUGAUGAGCAAUGCCGAGUGGCGGGAUAAGGAACGCGAAUCGAACGUGAAGCGGUACGAAUCGGAAGAUCACCGGGAGGAUGCGAAGGAAAGCCGAGAGUUCGAUAAGGAGUUUCUCACGAAGCAGCUGAAACGGGCGGCAGCGAGCGAAACGGUCGAAUCGCGCAUUCGUUCGAAUCGGAACAAUAUUCAGCGAUCGAACGGUGCCAUGGAUAGGAAUUUCGUGAAGCGAUGAACGAUUUUUAGGACUGAUUGGUUGAAUACUAU